AAAAAAAUUGAUUCAAAGGAAACAUUCGUUUUUGGGUCCUUUGUUUUUCUUUUCUUUUCCCUCCUUUCAUUAAUUUGUUCAACGUUUGUUAAUUUCUCGGGGGAUUCAGCGUGAAAGAGAAAUGGAAGGUGUAUGUGAGACGAAGCUAUGCACAACCGAAUUGGAUUCUGUUGAAUUUGCAAACCAAAAUGAUUGUUUGAUGGAGAUUGGAUUAGGGAAUUAUGGGUGCUCGCAUUAUAGAAGAAGAUGUAAGAUUAGAGCACCCUGUUGCGGUGAGAUUUUUUGUUGCAGACAUUGCCAUAAUGAAGCUAAGAAUUCCAUGGAAUCUAAUCCUCUUCAUCGACAUGACAUUCCUCGCCAUGAAGUCGAAAAGGUCAUUUGCUCCCUAUGUGACUCAGAACAAGACGUCCAACAGUAUUGCAUCAAUUGUGGAGUCUGUAUGGGAAAGUACUUUUGUGCUAAAUGCAAAUUCUUCGACGAUGAUGUUUCCAAAAGCCAAUACCACUGUGAUGAAUGUGGCAUAUGCAGAACUGGCGGUGAGGAAAACUUCUUUCAUUGCAGCAAAUGCGGAUGCUGCUAUUCAAAAAUUAUGAGGGAAGUACAUUGUUGCAUUGAGAGAGUAAUGCACCACAAUUGCCCUGUUUGCUUCGAGUAUCUUUUCAACACGAUGAAAGAUGUAACAGUUUUACCUUGCGGACACACGAUGCAUUUGGCAUGUUUGAGAGAGAUGGAGCAACAUUAUAGGUACUCUUGUCCUGUCUGCUCAAAGUCUAUCUGCGAUAUGUCGAAACUGUGGAGAAAGCUUGACAAGGAGAUUGCCUCAACCCCAAUGCCUGCAAUAUACCAAAAUAAGAUGGUAUGGAUUCUAUGCAACGAUUGUGGAGCCACUUCGAACGUACAGUUCCAUGUCGUGGCACAUAAAUGCCCGAAUUGCGAGUCCUACAACACGAAACAGACACGUGGAGGCCCCGUUACUGCUUCGUGCUCGACGGGAAUGUCUGAGAUGGUGAGAUGA